AUGACACUGAAAAGGGGAAUGACAACACUGUGGGGGCGGGGUGACACUGCAAGGAAGGGGACGGUGACACCGCGGGCACCCCAGCAACACACGGUGACCCCCGCCGCACAGGCGCUGCGGGAGAAGGAGCUGGGCAACACCGCCUACCGCCGCAAGGGCUUCGAGACAGCCCUGGGCCACUACAGCCGCGCGCGGGAGCUGGACCCUGACAACAUGACCUACAUCGCCAACCAGGCCGCCGUGCACUUCGAGAAGGGCGAGUACCAGCGGUGUCGCGAGCUGUGUGAGGAGGCCAUCGCGGUGGGGCGCGAGAACCGCGAGGACUACAGGCAGAUCGCCAAGGUGUACGCGCGCGUGGGGAACUCGUACCUGAAGGAGGAGCGGUACCAGGAGGCCAUACAGUCGUACAACAAGUCGCUGACCGAGCACCGCACGCCCGAGGUGCUCAAGAAGUGUCAGCAGGCGCUGAAGGAGCAGCAGCGCCUGGCGUACAUCGACCCCGAGCUGGCGCUGCAGGAGAAGACCAAGGGCAACGAGUGUUUCCAGAAGGGCGACUACCCCCGCGCCAUGAAGCACUACACCGAGGCCAUCAGGCGCAACCCUGAGGACGCCAAGCUGUACAGCAACCGCGCCGCCUGUUACACCAAACUACUGGAGUUCCAGCUGGCGCUGAAGGACUGUGAGGAGUGUAUCCGGCUCGACCCCUCCUUCAUAAAGGGCUACACCCGGAAAGCAGCGGCGCUGGAGGCCAUGAAGGACUACACCAAAGCCAUGGACGUCUACCAGAAAGCCCUGGACCUCGACAGCACCUGUAAGGAGGCGUCGGAGGGCUACCAGCGGUGCCUGCUGGCGCAGUACAACCGGAACGACACCCCCGAGGAGGUGAAGCGCCGCGCCAUGGCCGACCCCGAGGUGCAGCAGAUCAUGAGCGACCCGGCCAUGCGCCUCAUCCUGGAGCAGAUGCAGAAGGACCCGCAGGCACUGAGCGA